GGGGAGCGUUGAAGAGCGCCAGAUAGUUCUGAGAAACAAAUAAUUUGAAAAAUGAAACCCUAACGGCUAUUUCUCCUGCACAAAAUAAUAGGCAUCACUCCCUCACUCUUUCAUCAAUUCAUCCAAAUUUCAAAAAUUGUAAAUUCUCAAUCCCUAAUAUUCUUCCAUGGCUUUCUCGACGCCCGAUUCAAAUCGCCUGAAACUCAACACCGGCCCAAGAAUAUCACGCAGGGUGCGAAUUGUUGGAAAAAUUCGAGGAUUUACCGAUCAAGAAUCUGAAUUAUCCGGCCGAGAUUCGAAGCCGUGGGUCACUGUUUCCCGGACCAAUGAGAAUGAUUCUGAAUCGUCUGGAAAAGUUACAAUCUCAUUCGGAGAUGAAGGCAGUAGUCGUAAAGAUAAAUAUGAAUUAGAUGAUUGUUAUGAACAAGAUGAUGAUAAUGAUAUAAUAUUUUCAAGAGAGAUGAAACCCUUGAUAUCAGAAGUUCUCGGCGGUCGAAAUGCAUCCAUUAUUGCUUAUGGGGCAAGGGGCAGUGGAAAAACCCACACAAUCCAGGGUUCUGCGGACAAACAAGGUUUGGCAACAAUGACAAUAGCUGAGAUCUUUUCGCAAACAAAGGAUGCGAAGAUAACGAUCUUCGUUUCCUUUUAUGAGGUGUUCCAAGAUCAUGUCUAUGAUCUUUUGGAUCCUAAUCAUCCCGAAGUUCAAGUGCUUGAAGAUUCUCAAGGAAAAAUAAAGCUCAAAGGACUGUCUAAGACCACUGUGGAUUCCAUUUCACACUUUCAUGAUCUAUGUGCUUGUUGGACCGGACCAUGCUAUUCAACACCAAAGACACCACUCCAAAUGCCCAAAAGGAGUCACAAAGGUUUAAUGAUACAUAUAGUAUCUGUUGAUGACAUCCAGGGGAGUAAACGUCCCAAUGUGAUGAACUUUGUGGAUUUGGCAGGCUAUGAGGAUUCCAGAAGAAGUAGCAAAGAUGGCACUAUGCUUACUGAAAGUACUAGAAUAAACAAGUCUUUAUAUGCCAUUAUGAACGUGGUGUAUGCUCUCAACACAAAUGAAAAGCGUGUGCCUUAUCGAGAAGGAAAACUCACACGGAUGCUGCAGGAAUCUCUUGGAGGCUCCAAUCGUGUUUUGUUGCUUACCUGCUUGAAUCCGAUUCUUUGCCAAGAUACUCUUUAUAUAGUAAGUUUGGCUUCACGAGCUUGUCAAAGUGCUGGCCAGAUAUUGACAAGCUCUGCGAUGAAAAGUAAAAAGCAGACUAAUCAACAAGUACGACUAAUGGGUACUCCGUUGUCUGGGAAAAAGAACAACUCUGCUUGCAAUUUAUCAGGAAGGAAAUUAUUCAGUGAGAGAAAAACUUCUCAAGACAAGUCCAAUUCAGAUAGCUCUGAAGCCUUGAUAUUAUCAGCAGAAAAUGAAAUCCCAAGUGCUUUCAAAGAAACAAACUCUGUUAAGAAAAUGGAAAAGGAUUCCUCUCCACCAAAGAAAGCAAUGGAUUUAGAAGCCACUCCUGAAGUUAACUGUGAUAUCAAAGAAAUAAUUUCUUUUCCAGAUGAGGAUGUUGUUGGUAUAGAGAAGAAAAAUGAAUACUUGAACAUAGAUAAAGUUGGAUCACCGCCACUAAGUGCAAGACUUAGAGAAAUAACGAACAAUUUACGAUUGUUGGAGGCUUCAACUCCUUUGAAUAUGCUCAUGCCAAAGCAAUCGGAUUCAUCCCAAGAAACCCUCGAAAGUUAUGACAUUAUAGAACCUAAAACCCCCAAAACUGAAACUGAUGUGAGAACUUUGGAUAUCGUCAAGUAUAGUAGUCCUUGGGAGAGAUUUCAUACCCGUAGUUCUGGAGUGAAGAAUUGUCUUGUCCAAGAAUAUCUGAAUUUCUUAAAUACUGCAAGCAAGGAAGAGUUAAGAAGGAUUCAGGGCAUUGGAGAAAAGAGAGCAACUUACAUUCUUGAACUUCGUGAAGAAUCUCCUGAACCUUUUAAGAGUCUUGAAGAUUUGCAAGAAGUUGGUCUCUCAGAAAAAGAGGUAAAUGGCUUGAUGAGAAGAAUGGCUGGACAGCUUUUCAUCUAGAUUGUGAACAAUAGUUCUUUUGAUGGCAACUAGAAGUUGCCAACAAUUUCAUUGUGUUGUUGUUAAUUCCAUUAAGUAUAUAAAGUUUGAGAUUUUAGUGUUUCAGUUGUCAUGGUUAUAUGUUCCGUUAUGUAUUAUGAAAAGGCAAGCCUUACCUAUGAAAGACUUAGUUUAUCUUUCCCCUUGUUUA